GAGAAAGACGCGAUGCGAAGUGCCGCGAGCGGCCGUGAGAUCUGGCGAGAUCCUGAUUCCUGAUUGUGAAGACAGGCCCUCACGCGCCAAGAAAUAAAACACCAAUUAUAAUCCGCUGGUUGGUUGUUGGUUACAGAGUGAUUGUGUGACACAGUGGCAUUUAAUGUUGGCAUGUGAUGUGUUGUGUGUUAAAAUGUGUGGCUGGCGUUUGACGUUUGAUAGGUGCAGUCGAAUUACAGGAGAAUCUAUUUAUUCUACAUGUUGAAGAAAUGUUACAGUUAUGUCAUGAUGAUAUUGCUGGAUGAAUAUAUUCCUAGAUAAUAUCCCGUGUAAGAUUUGGUUGUAUAAUGUAUUGACAAGUCCUAAAUCACUUUUCAUUAUGAAUAGUUUGGGAUUGAGUAUAAUUUUAAGAAUGGGCUGCAUAUGCUCAAGAGAGACUCUUCAUGUUAAUUCAAAGAAAUAUUACGUGAUGGAAAAUUUAGGUGUAGGGGGUUUCAGUACUGUGGACCUUGUGGAAGAGUCUAAUACCCGGCAGCAUUUUGCUGUUAAGAAAAUAGUAUGCCAUGGUAUAGAGGACCAGAAGUUGGCGUUGAAAGAAAUACAAUAUUACAAAGCACUAGAUCAUCCCAAUAUCAUAAAGUGCAUUGAUUCAGCCAUAUCAGGGCAUGCUGAUCCUCUCUUAAAUUCAACAAGUCAAGUUUUGAUUGUUUUACCGUACUAUAAGAAAGGUACAUUAGCUCACGAGUUGUCCAGACGAAGUUGUGAAAAUAAUUACAUGAACGCUGUGGAUGUUCUUCACAUGUUCAUACAAAUAUGUGAAGGUGUAGCUGCCUUUCAUGAAGCAACACCUGAGCCAUUAUCCCAUCGUGACCUGAAGACUGCCAAUAUUCUCAUUGGAGAUGACAACAUCCCCAUCAUUAUGGACUUAGGAUCAGUGGCUGUUGCUCGAGUGAAAAUCUGUGGAAGUUCCGAGGCCCAGCACCUGCAGGAUGAGGCGAGCGAAAAGUGCUCAAUGCCUUACCGAGCUCCUGAGCUCUUUAAUGUGGAGAGCUACUGCAUGAUUGAUGAACGGACUGAUAUUUGGUCUUUGGGUUGUGUGUUAUAUGCUAUGUGCUAUUUCAAGUCACCCUUUGAUGCUGUGUAUGAGCGGGGAGAUAGUGUUGCAUUGGCUGUUAUAAGUGGAAAUGUUACAUUCCCAGAUUCUUCACCCUACGAUGAGGAUAUGCAUGAUCUUAUCAAGUAUAUGCUUAAAGUGAAUCCAAUGGAGCGACCAUACAUCUACAGCGUUGUUGAAAAGGCUCGAGAUAUCUUGUCAAAAUUGGAAGCAAGAGCUUAAAUCAAGUAUGCUGGCCCCUUUUAAAAUGCUGAAACCUCAAGGUCUGAAAUAUAACUUGAAAGUAUUUUGUGAUUAAAUUGUAAAUUAAUGCAUUUUUCCUGCCAUUUUUAUUCUAAAAGAUUCUUGCUUUUAUAACUAAUGAGACCUACAUUAAUGCAAUAUGAAAAUAAAUAUGCCUUUUAUAAUUAGUUUUAGUGACAAUUUUCAAAAAAUAUGUGAGUACAAUCCUUCAAUAUUUGUCCAGAAUUGAGCAUUAACUCUGAAAUACUGAGAAGUAUUACAAAUAGACGUAAGUUAUAAAUAACAUUGAAAUUGCUGUAUGUUUUUUUCUGGUAAUCAGGAUGUGAAUGGUACUGAGAGAGAUGCAUUACAUUGAUGUAAUUCUUGUUCAUGUUGUGUUUGGUGGUGGCAGAAUUGGCAACUCCGUUUUUGAAAGCACAGGUCCGAACAUGUGAUCAGUAACUUGGAAUAACAUGGAAUUGCAAAUACAUGUUUACACAGUGCGCCUGAUAGAUGUCCUUAGAGGCUCAAAAUCCAAAGUAGUAUCAUGAAAGUGCGAGUGCCCUUAAGGUCAGACUAACAUAACUGUAAUUUUUCUAUUUUUUGACUUCCAAUCACUUCCAAAAUCUUAACUUUCUUCUGCAUCUUAGAAUCAAAAAAUAUAUUGUUAGAUAUGUUAGUUUAGAAGUUAGGAUUAAAUAUCUAAAAACCUAUAUAUUUAAAAUACACGUAAUGAAAUUACAAAAUUAAGUGAAUUAAAAUUUUUGUAUAUACUCCAAUUAAAGUGUAUGGUGAAUUGACAUUUGAUCACAUGGGAUGUUAUCCAAUUGGGAACUUCAAUAUCAAAAAUUAAGUUGAAACAAAGCUCGGAUUGGGUAACCCUCUCCUAGCUGAUUGCUGUCAAUUCACCAUUUGUAUUAAUUGAAGGGUAGAAAUGUCACUCUGGCCUUAAGGAAGCUUGUUAUAAAAACAAUGAAGUUUCUUACGAUGAAUUUUGGCGUGGACAGAGAGUUCUACUUUGUUUUAUUUGUUCCUCUACUUUGAGUUAUGUAGAUGCUCAUAGUGAGGAUACAUCAGCAAUCAUGAAGUAAUUAAAUAAUACGUGAUUAGAUUAAUUUCCUUGUGACGUACAUAAAUUUUGUUCAUUACUGCGGUCACAAAGUCCUUAUUUCUGGCAGUGAAUCACUAAUAGAUGUCCUCUCAACUGACAUCAUUGUUUGGGAUUAAAGAAAUGAAAUGCUGUCCUAAUGACACAAUAACAAAGAUGUGAAAAGGCAAGACAAUGUGAAUGUGGCUUUUCUGUUAUAUUUAUAUUUAAUUUAAGGGAACUUCACCAAUAUCUUUAAUAUCUCAAGGUCUCCUUUUUUUCUGACCAUUUGUCUUUGUGAAUCCAUUCUCUUUUUUCCUCCUAUCACAUGUCAUAUCUGCUGUUUGUUGUCAAUGACGGCUUGUAGGAAUGGAUAUGCUUUAGGACUGCUGUUAUAUAUAUAUGCUACAAAUAUGCACAUCACCCACAUGACUCGGGGCGUGGAAGCCUAAGACUUCAUAGAAGUAACUUCAAUUUUCCUUGUUCAUCCUUCUCUAUACUGGUGUUUGUUAUUUCCUUCGUGGUGCUCAAAUAAUGAUGAAUAUUUUGAUUUCAAAUCUUAUCUGUACAACAAAGACAGACUACAUCUUGGCCAGAUACCAGUGAACAAUAAUCAACAAAUGUGGAAUAGUGGAUAUCAGCAAGUUGUAAAAUGUAAGAUUUUUAACUUGUUAACAUAUUAUUUUACAUCCUCAUUUCAUCCUUUACAUUAACAUUUUACAACUUCAAAGAGAUACAUGUUCCUGUUGUUGUAAUGUUCCCUUUUUAUUUAUGUUGGGUUUAUCAACCCCUUUCCUAAUUGCCAUCUAGUGGUGUGCAGAAACUUUGACCUUUGACACUUUGAAACCAAUGCUUCUUGGCUGGGUCAAACCCAGCCAAAGAUGUCCUACCUCCCUCCAAGCCUCACCGUCAAAGUAACCUGUAGGUUCGUCAUGGCUAAAAUCCUGCAUAAUCAUUGAAGUACCCCAUUUGCCCAUCUUGAUGCUUGCACUGUUCUACAGGAAUAGGGGCCCUGAUACAACAUUGCUGUUGUUUGAUGCAACAAUUCUAGUCCCUGAUACAGCAUUGCUGUUGUCUGAAAAUCCUUAUUAUAGUUGUUUAGAUUUAAGAAUUUUUUCUAGUAAAUUCAUAAAUUCCAAAUAAUCCCAAUGUGAUGCUUGAUGAAACAAUUUUAGUCCCUGAUACAGCAUUGCUGUUGCCUGAAUACCCUUAUAAUUCACUGAGUUAUGCAUGGUAUGGACUGAUAUCAUGCAUGUUUCCAUUCCCCACCAUGUUUCAAAGCAGCUGUGCAAACUGUUGAGAUCAACAGUAUGGGGAAAUCAGGUGUGGAUCAACAGAGUAAUAAAAAUAUGACCCACAACUGUUUUAAGAUUGUUAAAUGUGGCCC